AUGCAAUGCCUUCGUGGUAAAAAAAAUGUAUCAGACCUUGCACGAAACAUCUUUGAUAAAGUUAAAAGUCAACGGGAAGAAUCUAAUGCCAAUCAUGAACAAUCGAGCGAAGAUUUCGAAAUAGUUUGUCUUCACAUAGAUAUAAAUAAUUAUUCACAUAUUAAAGAUUAUUUAUGCAAGAUUGUCAUCUCAUUCAAAACAUUUAAUGAUAUCGACGGAUGUGUUAAACAUCUAUCAUCGGUCCAAAAUAAAAAAAUAUUUCUAAUCACUUCAAAUAUAUUUGUUCUCAAUAUUUUACCACUUGUCUACAACAUAGAACAACUUCAAUACAUAUACGUGUACGAUGGUGGAGAGGGUCAUCGAAUAGAGAUUGAGGAAAAAUAUAAGAAAAAAAUUAGUGAUAUAUUCUAUUCUGAAAAUGCAUUAGUUAACAAAUUAGCUGAUGAUAUUUCAUCAAGUUUAAAUUAUAUAGAAAUUCCAAUGUCAAUCUUGUGCGCUGAUGCCAGUCAAAAGCCAAUUCAUGAUUUAGACGAUGAUAGUAAAACGUUUCUAUGGCAUCAAUUUUUGUUUGAUGCUCUACUUCAUGUGCCAUCACAAUCGGAUAUAGUAGUGGAAACUAUUAUUGAUCACUGUCGUAUGGAAUAUUCCGAGGAAACAGAAGAAUUUAAAAAAAUUGAAUAUUUCUAUCGAAAUUAUGAUUCACGUGAGGCUUUAUGGUGGUACACUCAUGAUACGUUUAUAUAUCGGCAGCUAAAUGCAGCAAUGCGUUUGAAAGAUUUGAACAAAAUAUUUUUAUUUCGUGAGUUCAUUAUUGAUAUUCAUACUCAACUGUUAAAGCUUCACUCCAAUAUGAUAAUGGCUGAUAACGUCGAUGAACGACGAGGAAAUCAGUCUUUAUUAACGAUUUACAAAGCACAAUAUAUGGAAGUUAAUAAAGUACAAAAUUUAGUUAAAAACAUUGGAAAUCUUUUAUCUGUAGAUACGUAUUUGUUCACAACAAAUGAGAAAAAAACUGCCAUGUCAUUUUUUCGUAAUAAUAAAAAUUGUCAGUUAACACCUUUCAGUUCGAUACUGUUCGAAUUCAACAUCGAUAUACACGUGGUGACAAAACCUUAUGCGAAUAUUUUGGUAACAGAUGAUAAAUAUUUGAUAUCAAUGGGUACCGUAUUUCGGAUCACAUCAGCUACUGUCAUGCCAGAAACAGAUAUUUGGAUCGUGAAAUUGGAUCUAAGUUCAGAGGAAACUCGACAAUUGAAAAAAUUAGGUGAUUAUUAUAAAUGUCAAAUAAGUACAAAAGCAAAAACAACCGAUUCAAUUGCGUACGAAGCAAUGAAAACAUUUGGUGAUUUUUUAGUGACACUCAAGGAAUACACGAAAGCAGAAAUCUAUUAUAACAACAUUUUAAAAUAUUUACCAACAAAUUAUCCACUUUUGGCUCAAAUCUACAAUAAAAUUGGUAAAAUCUAUUGGUACAAAAAUGAUGCAAAUAAUUCUUUAAAAUUACAUUCAAAAGCGUUACAAAUAUGUGAAAAUUCGACACCGUGUAACUAUCUACUUGUUGCAAAAACAUACUCUUACAUUGGUCGAAGCUAUUCACUCAAAAAUGAUAACAUGAUGGCACUGAUUAGUCAUAAGACAAGUCUGGAAAUACAACAGAAAUAUGCAAAUUAUGAACACAUUGAUUUUGUAGAGCCUUUAAAUAACAUGGGUGAAAUAUUGACUAAAAUUGGUGAUUAUUCAGCUGCUCUUGUUAAUCUCGAAAAAGCACUUGACAUAUGUUUAAACGUAUCACCAUCCAAUUAUUUACUCUUAUCAACAACAUACAAUAACAUUGGAUGGCUACAUUUAUCUGCUGGUGAUUAUUCAAAGGCUUUGGUCAGUUUUAAUAAAAUGUCAGAAUAUGAGUGUAAUUUUUUACCAAAAAACUCAUCGAGUUUUGGUACGACAUAUAAUCUAUUAGGCUAUGUUCAUUAUCUUACUGGCGACAAUACCAUCGCUCUUCUCUAUUACUUAAAGGCACUUGAUGUGUAUUCAAAAUGUUAUCCUUCAAUGAAACAUUGGUCUGUUGCUGAAGUUUAUCGAAAUAUUGGUCAAGUCUAUUUCAAACAACUCGAUUACUCAAAAUCUCUGGAAAUGUAUGAUAAAGCUUUUGAUAUUUAUCAGAAAUAUGGUUGGAAUAGUUUUCAAGAUUCUAUUCAAUUUUUACGUGGUUAUUCUCAAAUAUACAAUGCUAAACAACAGUUUAGAAAAGCGCUAAAAUAUACUAAUAAGGCACUUGAAAUUCAACUAGAACAUGUUCCAUCUGAUUUUAUUGCUAUUUCCUCUACGUAUACAUCAAUCGGUCAGAUCUAUCGUCAAAUUGGAGAUAAUCUUAAUUCGUCAGAAUAUUUUAAACUAGCACUUCGAACUCUAUUAAAAGUUAAAAACAAUAUUAAUAUUGUUAUCUUAGUACAAGCUUACUGUAAUGUGGCUACAGCAUUAUUUAGUACUGGUGAAUAUGAUAGUGCUCUAAGUCAUUUUCAACUUGCACUCGAUGUUUAUACGAAUGAAUGUCAAGAUUCUAUUUCACUUUCAGAUAUUUAUAAUCUGAUGGGUGUUAUUAAUCAGAAAAAUGGUGAUUAUGAGUCGGCAUUGAAAUUGCACGAGAAAGCUCUAGAACAAGAAACUGAUUCAACUAAAAUUGAAGCUAUAUAUAAUGAAAUUGGAACAAUUUACUGUAAAAUUUGUAAAUAUGAUGAGGCACUAAACAAUAUUAAAAAAGGACUUGAACAGAAAGAGAAGGAAAUGUCAUCAUCCUCAUACUACCAAUUAGCAUUAAUUUAUUGUAAAACAAAAACUGGUACAAUAAUUUAA